UACACUCUGUUCUUGUCGCACAAAGUUAGUAGUGUUAACAUAUCACCAAGAAAACACGGCUUAGAUAGUAUGCCUGAAUAAGACUCAUUAAGACCCCGGGAUGGUGCUCUGGCCACAUCCUGCUCUCAGAAAUAUGGUGGAUAUAUGUGCACGCCAAGUGCCAGCACUCCCUCCGAAACUCGAAUUCAGCAACUUCAGGAAUGGCUCACAGCAUACGAAUCGCAACGCAUCAAGUUCGAAGAUGACGACACUGAUGGUGCUACGGCCAUCACUUUCUGGCUCUCUGCUUAGUGUUCCCCCAUCUUUCGUGCUCCACCAUCCAUGUCAUUCAGCACCGAGCUUCCACCAUCUAUCGUCGACGGAUUCACGUGUGCAUUGUUUCUUGUACUCUAAGAACGACACGACGCAUGGAGUAAGUCCUUUUUGUCGUUGCAGCCCCAAUAUAUCAGAUGCAUGUUUUUCAUCGUCACACACAGUAAAGUACGAAGCUACUACAACGCUCACUACACUCACGCAGAACCCCGCUGCUGUGAAAGCGGCUCCCUCGUGCUUUGUUAAUUUAGACGCCGGGAUACAGACCCUGGGUGGAGGUUUAGAACUGUGGUGACGGACAUUUGACCAACAUACAAUAUUAUAAGGAGUGUUCACCCUACCAUUUCAAAGAACAUUGAUGUGUCGUCGACAGCGGUUAGUCACAUGUUCAAGCAGGGUAGCUUUCAGACCGCUGCUCUUGCUGUUCUCAAGCAGAACGAUGUUUGUGCACUGGACCUCCACCUAGAUUUGCCGCAGUUCAGGCAGUUAAAGAAGGGCGGGAUGGCUUGUGCCG